UCAAACUUGUGUACUGUAAAUAUUUGGGCAUCUCGUUGCGCCGUACGUACGCGUAAUACAAAACAAACAAAAAAAAAAAAAAUGCACGAGUCGAAAACAACGAAUUCCUGACUGGACCGCAACGCAAUUCCGUCCGUGACGCAACGACGCAACUCAAAAUCGGUCGGCGAGAGGUGCCCGUAACCCGGUGUCCAGUGUUGGCCGUAAAACCCAUGUUUGGACCAGUGCCGCAAAUCUAACUGUAACCGAAGCGGAUCGGGCAACGAAAAAAAAAUGCGUCCGAAAACGUUCCCGCGAUUCUAAUCGGUGCGGUAUUUUUGAUGACACGGACAGUUUGCACGGUGGCAACAUGAGUAGGACCUUUUGUGCUUUCAUUUGUGCGUUUAUGGUGUCGGUUGCCUUAAAACACGUUACGUCGACGAUCAGCGAUGGCUACGACGACGAAUUCGCAGACGAAGACUACGACGAGGACUUCUCCAACUUGACGUCGACGACUCCAAACGGAACGUUAUUUUUCAUCCAGGAACUGCACAACACAACGAAGGAUUCGGGCAUCAAAAACUUGAAACUGACAUGCGAAGUACGGAACAACGACAUCAACAACACGAACAAAAUCAACUUCAUGUGGCGCAAAAACGAGGCGCAGGUUGAGACCGACUACAGGACCAGGGUGAACACGACGCGCAAAGACAACACCGCCAAAUCGGUGUUGAGGAUUAAAGAUCCCAACACCUUGGACGCAGGCUUUUACGAGUGCAUCGUCAGUCACGGCCCCCACAAGAUCAAGUCGUCUAGUUACAUCACGUUUACUCCUGACGCCAGUUUUGGGGUCUCGGACCUGGGGACCUUCAAGUUGGACCACACAAUCGUCAACGAAGGCAACAAUGGAGACAUCACCACGUUCGUGCCCAACCUGCCAACUAAACUAGAAGAUGUGGAGCACUCCACAGCCUCGAAGACCAACACGUUCUCACCCCCCAUCGAAUUCGACGUGCCCAACCAAAGGGUGACGGAAAACAAGCCCAUCUACAACGGCAGCGAACCGUUCUGCCAGCAGUACCGCGGAAGAGUUUGCCACGACUACCUGAGCAACAAGUAUGUGUACGUCGAACCGCCUUACACCCAAGACGAACUGGAGGAAAACAUCCACAAGGUGUUCAUGGUCACCAGACAAUCUAAUGACAUCACCUCGAGCUGCGCCAAGUUCGUCUACUCCAUCAUGUGCUUCUCAGCCUUCCCCAUCUGCGAAAACCCCCGCGAAAUAAACCAGUACCAGUCCAAGCACAUGGCCGAACUGAAGGCGAUCACCGAGAAACAGAGGACCAAAUUCAAGACUUACCGGUCGAAACUGAACAACCACCUGAGACGGAUCUGUCGGGAGGAUUGCGUGCUGCUUGAAAACGACCUGUGCAGCAAGGAGUACGCCAUCGCCAAACGGCAUCCGAUCCUCAAAAUUAUCAUGGAGCUAGAAGACUGUCACGAGCUGCCUGUUGAAACGGACAAGAGUUCGAUACAAUGUUUGAGCUUGGGUGUUGGAGAUUUAAACAUCAACAAAGAAGACAAAUGCUUCUGGGACACCGGUUCGACGUACAGGGGCACCAAAGACACCAGCAUCAACAACAACAAAUGUCUGAGGUGGGCCCACCAAUUCCACAUACCCACGUCCAAACACCCCGAACUGACUGGCCACAAUUACUGUCGAAAUCCCGGCGAAAUGGAGGACGAACCCUUCUGUUACGUCGAACAGGAUCGACGGGAACCUUGCGGCAUAAACAAGUGCGUUUACGUCUUCGGUGUGUACAUGAUGUUCAUCAUCCUGGGCAUUGGGCUGUUCAUCGGCGCCGUCGUCUCCUACUGUUACUGCCGGCGCAAGAACCGCAACACCAGGAACCUCCAGAACAAGGCACUGCCUCAGGUCGCGAAGAACAUCUACGGCAACCCGGGACCGUCCAGCCCCAUCGAGAUGAACACGCUGCUGCCGCAGAACAUGCCCCCAUCACGCAACCACGGCUCCGGUAAGAACGGCCUGCAGACGGUGCCGCAGUACACCUACAAGGAGGUCAGGUUCUUGGAGGAGCUGGGAGAAGGAGCGUUCGGCAAGGUGUACAAGGGUGAGCUGAAGACCAAGAACAGCAAAACGUUCGUGGCCGUCAAGUCGUUGAAGGAGAACGCCAGCGCCAAAACCCAGGCGGAUUUCCAACGUGAAAUCGAACUGAUUUCGGAGCUGAAGCAUUCGAAUAUUAUUUGCCUGUUGGGGGUUGUGAUGAAACAGGAGCCCAUGUGCAUGUUGUUUGAGUUUAUGUCCGAGGGGGAUCUGCAUGAGUAUCUGAUAGCCAACUCCCCGCCUGAAGGCAGGAGCUUGACGCACGAUCAGUUCCUGCACAUCGCCAUACAAAUUGCACAAGGCAUGGAAUACCUGUCGGAGAACCACUACGUGCACCGAGACCUGGCCGCCCGCAACUGCCUCGUCUCCAAAGACAUGAUAGUCAAGAUCAGCGACUUCGGCCUCAGCCGCGACAUGUACAGCUGCGACUACUACCGCGUCCAGUCCAAGUCCCUGUUGCCGGUACGGUGGAUGCCACCGGAGUCGAUCCUCUACGGCAAGUUUACGACGGAGAGCGACGUGUGGAGUUACGGCGUCGUCCUGUGGGAGAUCUACAGCUACGGCGUGCAGCCGUACUACGGCUACAACAACCAGGAGGUGAUCAAUCUGAUCAGGUCGCGGAAGCUGUUGCCGUGUCCGGACGCCUGCCCGAGCUACUGUUACGCCCUGAUGGUCGAGUGUUGGGCGGAGCAGGCGAUAAGGCGGCCGAAUUUCAGCGAGAUUGCGCACCGAUUGAAGAUUUGGAAGCAGUCUGAAGUGGGAAAUGGGGCAUAUUUCAGGACGCCGUCGAACAAUCCGACGCCCGCCAAACACGUGCACGGGUCCAAGUCGAGUCACACGAGCGAUUCGCAGACAUUGUGUCCCAUGAACGAGAACCAAAUGGCCAAUUUUACGUUGGAACGGGAACGGGAGAGAAACAAACCCUCUUCUUCAAAGCUCCACGACAGUAUGAACAGUCUUACGUCACGAUCUUCUAGCAUGGGUAACACAACCCAAAGUACGACGGUGAGCCUGGAACACAAAAGGGACAAACGUCCGAAGAGGAACGUCGACUCGAUCGAACGUCUGAAUCCAAAGAACACGAUCGUGAACAGUUACGGCGACAAUUUCGAGACUAAAAUCACUCAAUGAGGCUCAAACACUUUUUUAUAUCAAUUUUUUUAUAAUACGGUCGGCUCAUUAGACGAUCCAAACGCGGCAGCUCAUAAUCGUGUGUAUCAAUCACAUUUUUUCAAGCGUUUCAUCCCCACAAAUCCAUUGAAUUGAUUCAAUCGUUUCCCUUUUUUUUAUUAUAUACAUAUACAAUCGUAGCUAUUUUUUUUUUUAACGGAAAGACUUGUUUUUUGUGAUUAGUUCCUAGUAUUUUAAGGAAGAUUCCUUUUUCUGAAACUGUCGAAUUUUUUAUUGUGUACAAGUAAACACGAGUCGUUCGUUAAUGUUAAUUAAUUAAGUCAAACCAAUGCCAAAUUUCGUUAGUUUUAGGUAGUACUACUUAUAGUUAACGGUUCUUUUUAUAUCUACUUUAUAUUUUUAAUUAUAUUUUCGAAGUAUAUACAAUUAUUAUUAUUAUUAUACAUUAUUAAGUCACA